UUUAAGUAGAGUUGUGCAUAAGUCAUUUCAGACACUUACAUAUGACUAUAUACGUAAAUUCCUGAGAGUGGUAAUUUUGAUAGAUAUUUUGAAAUUACCCUUCAUUGACCCAUUUAAUAGAUGAGGAAAGGUGGUAAGAAUUUAUUAUUGCAAGUCAAGAGCCGUAAACAGCAUACCUGCUCACAGGUAUGAUUUUCCUGAGUCAGAGCUGGGUGGGCGUAACACAGGGGCAGACAGGUUUGGUAUUGUGAGCUCAGGCAGGCAGCUGUGAGGGGGGCAAGCAGAACAGCUCAGCAGCUCACCGAAGUGCCAGUGGAAAGGAUGAGGCUUGGUGGCAUUGUACUGGGAAGUCACAGAGGCAGAUGUGAGCUGUGUUACCAGUGUCUGAGCAGGCACCUUGUGAGCCAGAAGCCCAGGGUGUGGGCAUCAGCUUGGUAAAAGGCUCCAGAAAUGGCAGCCGGGUGGAGCAAAAUGAGAGCGCACUGAGCCGGCCCAGCCUCUCUCCCAGCCGUCCCCGACGCCCACCAUGAACCACUUGGAGGGGGCCGCGGAGGUGGAGGUGACCGACGAGGCGGCAGGCGGGGAGGUGAACGAGUCGGUGGAGGCCGACCUGGAGCGCCCCGAGGUGGAGGAGGAGCAGCUGCAGCAGCACUAUGCGGGCCGCCCCGCGCGCGGGCGCGCCGUCGAGGACCUCGGCGCCCAGCCGGGCCAGCCGGAGGAGGAGGAGCGCGGGGAGUGCCUGGCGCGCUCGGCCAGCACGGAGAGCGGCUUCCACAACCACACGGACACGGCCGAGGGCGACGUGAUCGCCGCGGCCCGCGACGGCUACGAGGCGGAGCGCGCGCAGGACCCCGAGGACGAGAGCGCCUACGCCGUGCAGUACCGGCCCGAGGCCGAGGAGUACACGGAGCAGGCGGAGGCCGAGCACGCCGAGGCCACACAUCGCCGCGCGCUGCCCAACCACCUGCACUUCCACUCUCUGGAGCACGAGGAGGCCAUGAACGCCGCCUACUCAGGCUACGUGUAUACGCACCGGCUCUUUCACCGCGGCGAGGACGAGCCCUACGCCGAGCCCUACGCCGACUACGGGGGCCUCCAGGAGCACGUGUACGAGGAGAUCGGGGACGCUCCCGAGCUGGAUGCGCGCGACGGGCUGCGGCUGUACGAGCAGGAGCGCGACGAGGCCGCCGCGUACCGCCAGGAGGCCCUGGGCGCGCGGCUGCACCACUAUGAUGAGCGCUCCGACGGCGAGUCCGACAGUCCCGAGAAGGAAGCCGAGUUCGCGCCCUACCCGCGCAUGGACAGCUACGAGCAGGAGGAGGACAUCGACCAGAUCGUGGCCGAGGUCAAGCAGAGCAUGAGCUCGCAGAGCCUUGACAAGGCGGCCGAGGACAUGCCCGAGGCCGAACAGGACCUGGAGCGCGCCCCCACCCCGGGCGGGGGCCGCCCCGACAGCCCCGGGCUGCAGGCGCUGGCAGGGCAGCAGCGGGCUGCAGGCACCGUGGGCGGCGAGGCGGUGCAGCGGUACAGCAAGGAGAAGAGGGAUGCCAUCUCCCUGGCCAUCAAGGACAUCAAGGAGGCCAUCGAGGAGGUGAAAACCAGGACCAUCCGUUCGCCUUACACCCCCGACGAGCCCAAAGAGCCCAUCUGGGUCAUGCGCCAGGACAUUAGCCCCACCAGGGAUUGUGAUGACCAGAGGCCGGUGGAUGGAGAUUCUCCGUCUCCGGGCAGCUCCUCACCCCUGGGCGCAGAGUCUUCAAGUACACCCCUUCAUCCCAGUGACCCCGCGGAAGCCUCCACAAAUAAAGAGUCAAGAAAAAGCUUGGCUUCGUUCCCAACCUACGUUGAAGUUCCCGGACCUUGUGACCCUGAGGACUUGAUCGAUGGGAUCAUUUUUGCUGCCAAUUACCUUGGCUCCACCCAGCUGCUCUCAGACAAAACUCCCUCCAAAAACGUGCGCAUGAUGCAGGCCCAGGAAGCAGUGAGCAGGAUCAAGAUGGCCCAGAAAUUAGCCAAAAGCAGGAAGAAGGCUCCUGAAGGUGAAUCUCAGCCAAUGACAGAGGUGGAUCUCUUCAUUUCUACCCAGAGAAUCAAAGUAUUGAAUGCCGACACACAGGAGACAAUGAUGGACCACCCUCUGCGGACCAUUUCCUACAUCGCAGACAUUGGGAACAUCGUCGUGCUGAUGGCCCGCAGGCGGAUGCCCCGCUCCAACUCCCAGGAGAACGUGGAAGCCUCCCACCCGUCCCAGGAUGGGAAAAGGCAGUACAAGAUGAUCUGCCAUGUCUUCGAGUCUGAGGACGCCCAGCUGAUCGCACAGUCCAUUGGGCAGGCCUUUAGCGUGGCAUACCAGGAAUUCCUCAGGGCAAAUGGGAUUAACCCCGAAGAUCUCAGCCAGAAGGAGUACAGUGACCUGCUCAACACCCAGGACAUGUACAACGACGACCUGAUCCACUUCUCCAAGUCGGAAAACUGCAAAGAUGUCUUCAUAGAGAAGCAGAAAGGAGAAAUCCUAGGUGUGGUGAUCGUGGAGUCUGGCUGGGGAUCCAUCUUGCCAACCGUGAUCAUCGCCAACAUGAUGCAUGGCGGGCCUGCAGAGAAGUCUGGGAAACUGAACAUCGGGGACCAGAUCAUGUCCAUAAAUGGCACCAGCCUGGUGGGCCUGCCUCUGUCCACCUGCCAGAGCAUCAUUAAGGGCUUGAAGAAUCAGUCCCGGGUAAAGCUGAACAUCGUGCGGUGUCCUCCGGUGACCACCGUGUUGAUCAGGAGACCAGACCUUCGCUACCAGCUGGGUUUCAGCGUCCAGAACGGAAUUAUCUGCAGCCUCAUGCGAGGGGGAAUAGCUGAGCGAGGAGGCGUCCGCGUGGGACAUCGGAUCAUUGAGAUCAACGGACAGAGCGUGGUCGCCACCCCGCACGAGAAGAUCGUCCACAUCCUCUCCAACGCUGUGGGGGAGAUCCACAUGAAGACGAUGCCGGCCGCCAUGUACAGACUGCUCACGGCCCAGGAGCAGCCCGUCUACAUCUGAGGCCCGCCUGCCGGGCGGCAUGCAUGGAGGACUCUCCUCACUCGUGGUUGUGUUUCUCGUGCUGCAUCUGUGUGCCCGCUGAGACAUUUCCCUCUCACGCCCAGCAUUCGGUUUUACACAGGAUGGAAAAAGUCCACAGAGAUCUCUUGGCUCUCUGUCUCUCUCCAGUUUGCGUUGUUUUCUUUUUUUACACCAGGGAAGUUCUGUAUGCCCUCCCUUGAGGAUGGAGAGCAGCCAGUAGCCACCUGGUGUCUGCCCUGGACCAUCCUACGGGGCCCUUCGGGGUCCUAAGGAAGGCUGUCAGUGCCCGAGGGGGAAGCCUCUCUUAAGAGGUGCACACCUCUUAGAAGGAGCUCCUAGGGGCAGCGAAGAAGCUGAUUGAGCAGUGCCUACAAUCCAAUCGCUGAUCUUUGCUGUCCUCGAGUCAGUUUACGGGAAUAUGGUAGUGACGGGAGAACCAGCCACUGUCUUUAAGGAUAUGCCCUGCCCACCAUGUACUUGGGGCACCAUACAUUAUUUCCACCAGAAUUUCUGAGCCAACCUUAUGCCUCUUCCAUAGCGAGUUUUAGUUUCAACAUAAUUGUGUUUUCUGGUAGGAGCCUUCUCACUCAAGGACAGAAGGGGGACUGCCUCGGACAGGGAUAUCAUCGUGUGGCAGGGAGCUUGGCGGUUCCUGGGGCAUCCGCAGCAUCCCCAGGUUUUCCCAAGGUUACCAAUGGUGAUUUAAACACCAGUGGGUGCUCUCUGCGUCUCUCUAUGUCACACACAGGUACAUACACGGUCACACCCUCCCCUCCUCCCCAGCACCCAUGGGGCAUGCCGAGCCCCUGGAAAACCCACAUCACUUCUCUGCGAGGCCCCUUCCCCUGACUGGUGAGGCUCUCGGGGGCUGGGCAACUGUGUCCUGAGAGAGAUGCCCCCUCUGUGGCUGAGGCCUGGCCCUGUCAGCACCACCUUGGCUCAAAAUGUUCUCCUAGUGGACUCCCCUCGCACUCAUACCCUGCACACAUACACACGCACGCGCGCGCGCACACACACACACACACACACACACACUGGGAGUCUGGGGAGGAUGGACCGCUCCCCUUGAAGACGAGGAUCCAUGCAUAAUCAUGUUAGACUUCCUGGCCUGAGGCAGGACCAACUUUCUUCUCUGCUCAGGGCCACUAGGCAGCAUGUGACAUUUGAGAGGCCGGAACAGUCCACAAACCACAAAACGAAGGGGACAAUAAUAACCUCAAGCUAUGCUUAAGAAUCCCAAAGUGUGUUCCACAGUCGACAUCUUGCUGCCUCGUGGGUCUGAGAGAGUUUUCCUUUGGCUGGAACAUUGUGUUUCCAUCAGGUGCCUCGUAUCGAUGGGUUCCGUCUCGGUUCAGUGCAGGUGUUUUUAUUAAUAUUAUUAUUCUGAGCCAGUUUCACUUAUUCUUGGUCCAAAGAGCAUUUUGUUUUCAUGUUGGUGGGCUGUGGCUUGGUUUGGUUUCUGUUUUGUUUCAUUUGUGACCUCAGCAGGGACAGGGGGAGAGAAACUAAUAUAUUUUGUAAUAUGAAUAUAGUCCCUGUUCUCUGCAUCUGGGAUAUUUCUGUUGUCUCUGUGGAAAUAGGAAGUCGGUGAGCACAUGUUGGAUAGUCUGUCUGUAUAGGUCUAAUGGAGGGAUUUCGGGGAGGGAGAAAAGUGAAUAUGGAAAGAUUAGGAACAAGAGCCUUCCACCAGAGGGCCGUGCGGUCGGUUCUCCUGGGACCUCUGAGUUUUCUGCUUAGAGUCGGGAAAGCCAAAGGUUUCAGAGGCAUCAGUGGCUGAACUCUUGGUUUGUGGUACAACAAGCCAUGAUGAAGAUGGGCUGCUGAUGCCUGAAUUCCUCUCUGGAAGGGGCUGCCCCUUCUCCAGGCUUGCCGGGGUGGGCAGUCCAAGACCCCUGGGCAUCUUUUGAGGAUGCUUAGCCGAACGCUGCUGGGAGACCAACCCCCAAGGUCGACCCACUGCAAAUGUGAGGAGCCAGGAACCAUGGUGGCAGGUUCUCAGUUUACCUUUCCCAAUGCAGCCAAACUGUCGAGUGUCUUAUAAUUAAAUACUAAAGAGUCCUAAGUUCAUCUUUCCUCUGCCAAAAAGAGAGAGUGGGUAGAACAGGAAUGCAGCAUUGUUGCUGGUAUUUCAGGCCUCAGGAGCCUUGGGAAAUCAUCAGAGGGCUCAUGCGCCCACCCAAGCACCUGUUCCGAGGCCCUUCCAUGAUUGGCCAGCAGACGGGAACUCCGCCAGCACAUCCCUGUGCGGCCUCCCAAAUAAUUACAAUUACGUUUCUUCACCCAAAGGAGAGGGGAGAGAGAACAUACUUUCUAUUGCUAUUGCAUGAAAAUCUUGGAAAGUUUGACAGGUGCUGAAAAAGCCAACUUGGUAAGCUCUCCUAGAGGACUAACGUAUUUUAGUUUAAGAUUAUUUAUCCAUCGUAUACCUUCAUGUUAAUAAAGGUGGCUUCUCACACCCAGUUAGUGAAUGUUUCUGGAGCUCAGUACAGGUUCCCCCGGCUGAAGUGUAUUCUUUUUCUUGCUCCCACUGGAUGGAGGUUGUUAACUUUGGUUAACCAAGGAGGCGGAAUAUUAAAUGUUAACUUCACUUUUGAAAGUCCCAUGGGAAGUCAUGGUCAGUUUCCCUUCUGACGUCCCAAUAUGUAUAGCUAUAUAUGUAAAUAUCUGAAUACCCCAUAUAAUAGGGAAGACUAUGUACAGAGCAGCCUCUCCAAAUAUGGCCCCAGGGCAAAAAGCCACUCUUGCUGCUCUUCUAGGACAUGCUGGUGACUCAGCUUUGGGGACAGAUUCCUAGAUUCGUCUACCCCUCCUAGUCCAGCCAGGAUGCACCAGAAUCCACCCCGCCUCUGCCUUCUCAAAUGCAACCAUUUCAGGGAGCCACCGUCAGCCUUGGGAUCACAAAAGGAAGAAGCCUCCAGAGACCAAUGCCUGGAGCCCACUCCCCUCACCAGAGCGAGCUCCCCGGGGCCUGGAGCCCAUCCACACCGGCCUCAGAGAGUCCCAGAGUAACCUACUACCUCCCCCAUCACUCCCGCCACCCCCAUGGCCCCCGUUCACACCCAGCACCCCUGUCUGCACGCUGAUGAAACGCACCCAUGAGUCCUUCUUGGGUCCCUUGACCCAGUGGUGUGGCUGUUACCGAUGUUUACAACCACGGGCCACCUCCUCUUAGAUGUGUUUACUCUCCCACUUCCAAGGCCCCUUCUUGGUUUGAGUUUCACGUCUGUCUGCUCCUUCCCUGGUUUGAGCCGACUUGAGCACACGACCCCGCUUCUCCGUCCCCUUCCAUCAAGGCAGUGUGUGAGGACUGUGUGGGAAGGAAAUCUCUUGUACAUAUCCAGCACAGCCCCUAGAGUUUGACUUGUACUAUUGUUCUGUAAAGAGGGUGAAAUAGAGCUUAUUGUAAAGCGUUGGGAGAAGUAUAGUAUUGUAUUUGUAACAAUAUGGUUCUUUGUAUACACAAAACUCGAUCUCUAUAUAUAAAUAUAAAUAAAUAUAUAAAUAAAAUCUAUACACACGUGAGCCUGGAAUGUCGACGCCGCACACCCACUGAAUGUACUCCCUCUGACAGUCUGGUCACCGGGCCCGGCCUGCCCUCCCCUCCUCCUACUGUUUUGAGGGUUGUGAUGUAUUUAAUGUGUUACCUUCCUUUAUUUAACGGAACGCUAAUGUCUGUAAGAGUUGCCGCAACAAUAAAUGAGAACUUCACCUCUUG